GCCGGUGUGUGAUUGUAGUCGUCUCGACCUCUCCCCGCAUUAGGUAACUGUGGGACAUUGGCUGUUCCAGCUUAGGGACAAGAAUGGGACCAUGGGACAUUGCCGGUCCCGGCACUGGGAACACAGGAGAUUGCCUGUUCGAGCAAUGGGGACGAGAAUGGGACCAUGGGACAUUGCCUGUCCCAGCAAUGGGAACACAGGAGAUUGGCUGUUCGAGAAUUUGGGACAAGAAUGGGACCAUGGGACAUUGCCUAUUCCGAGAUUGGGUUGGGGAAAAGAAUGCGACCGUCGGACAUUGUCUGUACCAGUAAUGGGACAUUUCCUGUUCCAGCAUUGGGGACAAGAAUGGGACUAUGGGACAUUGCCUGUACCAGCAAUGGGAAGAAGAAUGGGACCAUGGGACAUUGCCUGUUCGAGCAUUGGGGACAAGAAUGAGGCCAUGGGGACAUUGCCUGUUCCACAAUUGGGACAAGAAGGGGACCGUGGGACAGCAAUGGGACAAGGAUGGGCAGAUUGGGUCACCCUGGAGAGCAAUCUAUAGAGUGAAACAGUGCCUGUUCCAGCAAUGGGUAUAGGUCAGGUGACCCACACGGUGGUCAGAGCUAUUGUGUGGGACAUUCGUUGCACUUUAUUGAAAUGUGUGAAAUUGUGAAUGAUACAUUGAUUCUAUAUGGCUGUGUUAGGUCAGGUCCCCCACACGAUGGUGGCAGCUAUUGUGUGGGACAUUCAUUGCACGUGAUUGAAAUGUUUGCAUCUUUUUCUAUUCUUUUUUUUUUGGGAAAUGGAUAUGCUAGGUCAUGUCACCCCCAAGAUGUUGGUGGCCAUUUUCUGGGACAGUCGUUGCAUGCGAUUGAAAUGUCACACACGUCUCAUCAUUCAUUUGAAUCUAUAGAGUUAGUGGAGCUAUGGGAUGCGAUGCGGUAUCACCGUUUAGAUCAGGUCACCCACAUGAUAUAACCCCCCCCCCCCCCCCCCCCUCCCCCCCUGGUGUAGGAUACGUCCGAAAUGCGCAUCUAUAGGUAGAGCGAAACCCAUACGUCCCAUACGAUGGUGAAUUAUGGGGAGGGGUCUGUUCCAGCAUUAUGGGGAAGGAAAGGGUGGGGUGGGACGAAGGAAUUAUAGAAGCAGGAAGGAUGGGGUGGGACCAACAAAUUGGGACCAGGAAGGGUGGGGUGGGACAACGAUAUAUAUUAGAUUGUGACUAGGAAGGAUGGGGUGGGACGAUGAAAUUGGGAGCAGGAAGGGUGGGGUGGGACCAACAAAUUGGGACCAGGAAGGAUGGGGUGGGGUGAUGAAAUUGGGAGCAGGAAGGGUGGGGUGGGACCAACAAAUUGGGACCAGGAAGGGUGGGGUGGGACAACGAUAUAUUGAAGGAUGGGGUGGGACCAACAAAUUGGGACCAGGAAGGGUGGGGUGAAAAGAAGAAGAAGAAGAAGAAGAGGAAGGGCUUUGUUUGGGCAGCAACUUGGUCUUUGCCUUGGGCAGCAACUUGGUCUUUGCCUUGGACAAUUUGCCUUUGCACUAUUGUACUGUGUCUGUUUCUGCGGUGGGACGACGACAUAGAGAGAAGAAAGGGUGGUGUGGGAGGAAGAAGAAGAAGAAGAAGAAGAGGAAAGAAGUCGUAAAAGAAGAGUCUUUUCUUGGGCGGCAACAUUGCUUUUGCCUUGGCUAGCGAAAGAAGAAGAAGACAAUUUGCCUUGUGACUAUUUGCCUUGUGACUAUAGUUUUACUACUGUACUGUGUCUCUACAGUGUACGCAUGGGAGUGGGAGUUUCAACACCAAUCUAGAUUCCAAUCUAAUACUCAGUAACCGCAGUAUUAAGACUGUGGUAAGUAACCGCAACAUUUCGACUGUGGUAACGAGGGUAACUGGAACUGGGUUCGCUGCAGUAACUGUGGAAUUGUGGUGUCGGCAACACAAAAUG